CAUGUAAGUAAACUGUGACCGAUACACAUUACAUGUAAAUGUACACAUGUACAUGUGUGUCUUCUCAAUCAAAGGUUUUCCAGUUCCGCCACGACGGUAAUGACAGUUUUCUCCGCGACUGGGACGAUUACCGACUUGGGUUUACCAGCCCUCAUGGCAGCAUCCUGUGGCUUGGAAACGAGAACCUGCAUAGGCUGACGUCCUCCGGCUCAUGGGUGUUAGGGGUGCUGCUGGUUGACUGGGCAGAUGAAGCACGGUCUUCUUUUUAUUGGAACUUCAGAGUGUCGGAUGAGUCACAAGGCUACAGGUUGAACAUCGAUAGCUAUCUCUCCAUUGAUGGAGAUGCUGGAGAUUCCUUGAGCAUGCACAACGGUGCCAAGUUCUCCACCUGGGACAAAGACAACGAUGUGUCGGACGUUAACUGUGCUAGUCUCUACAGUGGAGGCUGGUGGUUCACCGACUGCUUGGACUCAAACCUCAACGGCGAAUACUUUGGGACUGGGAACCAUACUUCAGCUUUAACCAACCAGGGGAUUAUCUGGUCCUCUUGGAAAGGCAGACAUUACUCUGUUAGGCAAACCAUGAUGUUUUUGAUAAACAACGGCAGUGAGGUGUUUGUUUGAUCCAAAUCCUGAAUGUUACCAAUAUGCACUUCGAGUUGGUGGCGGGACUUUCUCGAAUUCCGUGGUUCCCAAUUAUUUAGCACUUGAAUUCUUUCUUGUGAUAAAAGUAUAGGCUCUUCAGAAGCACAUCAUUAGAGAGGUAUAUGUAUACAAGUAAUGCAUGAAGGCAGAAAACUUAGAGGGCAAAGGCUUAGUGUCACUAGGACAGGCCCAAGUUCAGGGUAUACAUGUACAUGUACAUGUACAUGUACCUUUGGUGCAUGUACUGUAACUAAACUAAAAUAACCAAGAACAGGCUGAGUCAAUUCGAAUAAUUUACUUUUCGAAUAUUCGACCUUCAAUUCGAUCAAAUAUCCAAAUAUUUGGUCGUACCGACCAGCAGGUUGUUGAUGAAUAUACUAAAUAACACACACAGUUGGACAUUAUAAUCACUUUAAUAGCUUCUCACAUCUAGGAGUAUCUCCA